GAAUAGUUUACUCCAAAAUAAUUCGUAGAAAUUAAACUUCAAGUCCCCACCGUCAAUGCCGAAUCCGAUACCAUACGAUCACAUUCGAAUACCCACUUGCAUCAUGUGAAAAUAAUCCGAAAACCCACGAAGAAAACCCUCCAUUUCUGUGGAUUCGAGAGGGAUUUCGAAGGAGAAGGGGCUCGUUUGAUGGCGAAGCGUGGGGAGAUGGAACAUAUUGCAGAAGCAGAGUCGGUGGUGAUGGUGACGGCGGCGGCCGCGGCGGCGGCGACGCCGGCGAAGGUGGUGGUGAGAGAAGAAGAUGCCCAUCAUCCGUACGCGUUUCACGUGUCGGGGCCGCGGAACGUGGCUUCCCCAAACUGGAGAGACCUCGUCAACUCCAGCUGGAAGAACCCUAACUACAAGAGAACAGUUAUGGCCUGCUUUAUUCAAGCAGCAUACUUGCUCGAACUCGAUAGACAAGAAAAGAGAAAGAAACACAAUGCUCUUGCUCCAAAAUGGUGGAUACCCUUUAAGUACAAGCUAUCGCAAACACUGGUUGACGAGAGAGACGGCUCCAUAUUCGGGGCCGUACUUGAAUGGGACCGAGCAGCUGCAAUGGCUGACUUGGUUCUCAUCAGACCCACUGGCGCACCAAGAGGCGUGCUGGCACUACGGGGAACGUUGCUAAAAACACCGACAAUAAGACGUGACAUCGAAGAUGACCUCCGGUUUCUAACUCGGGAGAGCCUCAAAGGUUCUGCAAGGUUUAAGGUUGCUCUAGAGGCACUGAGAUCAGUUACGCAGAGAUACGGGAGCAGUAACAUAUGCAUAGCUGGGCAUUCUUUGGGAGCCGGUUUCGCUCUACAGGUGGGGAAAGCCAUGGCUAAAGAAGGGUUAUUCGUGGAUGCCCAUUUGUUCAACCCGCCUUCUAUUUCUCUCGCUAUGAGCCUGAGAAACAUCGGAGAAAGGGCCGGUGACGCUUGGAAAAGAUUCAGGUCGAUGCUCCCCGGGGGAAACGAACCUCUCGUGGACAAUGCCGAUGAAGGAACGAGUAGUUCUUCUGAAAAUAUUUCCGGGUUGAGAAAGGGAGAGAAAGCUUCUGAAGAGGUAAAGAAAUGGCUGCCCCAUUUGUACGUAAACGACGGUGACUACGUCUGUUGUUAUUACACAGACAGAGAAGCAGGGAAGAUUUUCGUGGUGUCGAAAGGGAAACAGAAGUUUCUAGAAGCACAUCGGUUAGAACAAUGGUGGUCGGAAGAUUUGGAGAUUCAAUCGGCGAUUCAUAACAGCAGACUGAUCAGUCAGCAGCUCAAGUCCUUGUAUCAUUAACUCUGUAUCUUCUGCCCCACAGGCAGACAAUGACCUGAUCUUGCUACGAUCGGACGGCUGAAAAUUAACCUAUAUGGACGGUUGAGAUUUUUAAGGCUA